CAAAGCCGUUGAGUAGUGUGAGGUCAGGCUCCACCAAUCCCACCCAGCACACACGGUUCAGGGGAAAGAGACGACAACAUGGCCGAAGCAGAGAGUAGCGAGUUAACUUCUGGUGGAAUUUUUCAGGAGAUCUUCACUUCUCCGCUGAAUCUGACCCUGCUCAGUCUCUGCCUGUUCCUUUUGUACAAAAUCUUCCGCGGGGACAAACCGCCGGAGCUCAGCGACGAGGACAAACCACUGCCCAAAAUGAAGAAGAGAGAUUUUACGCUUGCGGAGCUGAAGCCCUACGAUGGGCUGCAGAACCCGCGGAUCCUCAUGGCCGUCAACGGAAAAGUGUUUGACGUGACCAGAGGGAAGAAGUUCUACGGACCAGAUGGACCGUAUGGAGUGUUUGCAGGCAGAGAUGCAUCCAGAGGUCUGGCAACCUUCUGCCUGGAUAAGGAGGGCCUGAAGGAUGAACACGAUGACCUGUCGGACCUGAACUCCAUGCAAAAGGAGAGCCUUUCUGAUUGGGAGUCUCAGUUCACCAUGAAGUACGACUACAUCGGCAAGCUUCUGAAGCCAGGAGAGGAGCCGACGGAGUACACCGAUGAUGAGGAAGGAAAAAACAAGAAGGCAGACUAAAACAUGAACCGUGACCACAAGGGGGAACAAGAUGCCUUAAUGUAUAUUGGUAAUUUGAUAACCCUAAUAGGGUCGCUGGAAAACUCCUCCACCUUCUAUCCAUCUCCCACUACUUUUGGACCAAUCUCAGCUUGUAUACAAUGACUGAAUUCAGUUUAUCUUUAUUAAUCUCGUCUGAAGGCAUUAACGGUUAGAAAUGCAGCUUUCUAAUGUAGAGUUCUUUAAUUGUUUAGAGCUGUUACUGUAAUCUCUCAAACACUGAUCCACCAACCAAUCCCAGCGUUUUGUUGAGCUCCUGGUGGUUAUGUGGUGCUGAAAAAGGUGAUCAGUUCAUCUUGAUGGUUGCCAGGUUUCACUGAAGGGUCUCAGGAAGCGAUUUUUGGUUAAAAUCAAGAAAAAUGUACUCCAGGUCUGAAGCAGGACAGCCAAUGUCAGAGUCAGAAUUCUGGUAUUUUUGAGUUUACUCCCAUUGUGGUGUGACUGUUUUUUUAAAUACAGUUUUUUCCUGCAUACUUGCAUAUAUUGGAUCUUUCUCAAUUCAAUUCACUUUUAUUUUUAUAGGGUCAAAUCACAAUAACAGUUGCCUCAAGGCACUUUAUGUUGUAAAGACCCUACAAUAAUUAUAGACCAAUAGUUGCGUUUUAAUGCACAUUUCUGUUUUCAGCCAAAAUACUAUCAAAUCACAGAACUGUCUCCAUAGGUAACCGCCCUCUUUACCUUCACCUACGUGUUAUACCCGCCGCCAUUCCUGCUACCUGGUGAAAGCAACUUGUUUUAGUUUAAAGGUAUUAAACUACUAAAGUAUUUAGCUGAUUUGCAACUUCAUAUUUUUAUUCCUGCACUCUGUUAGAGUGCCUUUUCAUCUUUUAUAGUUCAAAGUAAUCUUUAUUUAUCCUACGACAGAGACUUUCAGACAGAACCAACUUUUUUUCUGAUUGGCUGCCCAUCAGAAACACCAGGCAGGCAGAGUUCUAUGCCUGAGAUAACCAUAUUGCGGACAUCCCCUCUCUGUGACCUCACAGAGACCCAAAAGUAGAAAAAACUGACUGAAACUGAGCAAUGUAAAGUCUGAACCUUUGGUCCAUCGCUGUAAGAUGACAUAAAUCACAGGAAAUAAUAAUACACUGCCCUUGACACAGACUUGCAUCAUUAAAUCAAGGCCUUAAAGGAGGUAGUCUAAACACUGCUGGUGUCAUUGUUCUGUAGCCGCUACAUUGUGCAGUCCCUAACAUGAUAAGUUAAAUCUAAAACUCAUCCAUUGUCACUUUAAUUAUAAGUGUAAGUACAUUUUCCUUACAAACUACAUCUAACUUUCACAUCAGGCCUGUUGUACUGAUGAUCUCUGAAGAUUUGUACCUGCAUGCAUGUUCAAACUGUAAGAGGAUGAUGAUGUACCAUAGGUCUAUUAUCCCUACCCUUCAGUUUACUCCUAACAGUUCCUGUUGCUGGAAAAAAGUAUUCCAAGUACAAAGGUCAAAUUUUGCAUGGCAUAAUUAAAUACACUAAAUCUGUCCCACAAAAUGAGCUGAUUUUGAGGAGAUUUAGUGGGAACCUUUAACAUAUUUGAUUGAUCUUAUAUCGAUGGCUCCAUAGUCACUAUUAACAAGUGAAAGAUCCCCGGUUUGAUUCCAGGAAGAGACACAGAUCCCUUUGGGGUUGUAUAAGGGUAUCUUUUGGGAGGGAACACCUGAAAGUAGCUUUGUAAUACUACUGUGACAGUGCAGGUUGAUGUGUUUCCUCAGCAUGGAAAGGCCAUCUUCUCUCUCCCUCUGCUGUCUCCUGCAAUCUUACCACAGAACAGUAGUUUAGCAUUUUAGCCAUCUGGAUUCAGCAUCCCAGACGAAGGAUUUGCUGCUCUUUUCAUUCUCAAUUUGCUUUUUGACCUAUAAAAGCAGUAGACAUGUAAAAACCUUGUCAGUAAAUGAAUUAGAAAAAAUGCGUAAUGGUAAGUGCGGUCACCAUGGUGCUCCUUUAAACGAACAAACAUUUGGAACCCCCCCCCCCAGUUUAUUCUGUUUACCUUGAUUUUAACACUAAAUCCAUGAUGACAGAGAGACCAAAACCAACCCUCAGAUCAGCUGUCAUGGACGUAACAGCUAACCUUUGAAACGUUUUCAAGCCUUCAGACGUGAGUUCAUUUGUAACCCAGGAGUUGUUUCUGACUGUAGAAAAAGGUUGUCUUCUAUGUAACUUCCAUUUAAAACAAACAAAACAUCCAAUAUGAUGACAUUCCUGGUAUGCGUAUAUAUGUUAUUCAUCGUACAGUCAUACUGUUAUAAUCCUGAAAUGAUGUUUUGAUUUAAUAAAAAAAACUACAAUAUGAA